AUGCCAAAAUCCAACAUUACGCAAGCCAAGCCAAACUCACAGCCAACACUCCCCGCAGACGAACCCGCAUCAGUCUUCGAGUUCUUCGAUUCCCUUCCCGCAGAACUCCAAUCCCGCAUCAUCAAAUACGCCUGGAACAAUGCCAUCCACGCAUCACCCCUCCAUCUCCACGCCGACAUCAAAUUCCGCCGACCCACUUCUGCAGCCUCUGUACUAGCAGCAAGCAUUCCCUGCUCAGUAAAUUACAGAGUCCACGCCUCUGUCAACCGAGACAUCACCUUGCACCUAACCAGCAAGUUCUUCUCCGCCGAGUGCAAAUUCCUCGCUAAGCCGCACCACCUCCACCUCCCCGUUUCCAACUCGAAUGGAAGCGGAUCUGCGGCAACGAAACCCUGCCUCUUCAUCCCAGAUAAGGAUACCCUGCAUAUCAACAUCAAAGGCGAAAUGACGUACAAAUACACCGUCCUCUCCGCUUUCGCCAUCUUGCCCAAGCUCCUCAGGGAGAUGGUCAAACAUAUUGAUAUUGACUACACGGACGCACAGGAUAUGCUCGAGCUCUGCAUGCAACUGGGCCCGAAGGGUAGUAUUACGAGCUUAAUCGGUGGGCUCGGAGCGCCGAGGUUAGAGACUGUGACGAUCUCGGUGUGUAGCUUGAUUGUGGAGGGGAAUCAAAGGAUGGGGGUUUUGCCGAUGCCUGGGAGGGAGGGUAAGGAGGUGGAGAUGAGGGUUAAGGCAGUGGAUGUACGGGAGGGGUUGACAUUUUGGGAGAGGAUUAUGAGAUGA